GUAAGGCAUUAGGAGUGGCGAGGCCGCGGAAGCAUGAGACGCUGGAGAGCACCUGGCGAGCCCUCACCGAAGGCCGAGCGGUGCCCCUCGCCCGACACCUGAAGAAGUCCGACACGUGGGCCACACAUGCUCGUGCGGCCGUCACCGUGGAACCCUCGACGCCGCCGGCGAAACACAACAUGGAGAAAUUCGAGACAUUUAGUGCUCGCUCCACAGCCGCCGAUAGCUCGCCGCCACCGUCCUCCGGCGUUGGUUGCUCGUCUCCUGUGACAAGGCUCCGGCGAGAAUCGUCUAUGGGACAUGAUGAUAUAAACCGCCGUGUGGAGGCAUUCAUCAAGAAAUUUAACGAGGACAUGCGGCUCCAGAGGCAGGAAUCCCUGCGAAAGUACAAAGAUAUGAUCAACCGAGGCAGCCAUUAA